AUGAGAGUAUUUGGUCUGUCAAUAUCGGCUUUUACAGCGUUGACCUUAGCAUCCUCGGCAUGGGGACUAAGAGGAUUGCCUAAGGAAAACGAGAGUCUGUAUAAACCAGAUGAAAAUGGGAACUGGGCCUGUCUAGGGCAUCCCGAUAUUGUUAUUUCAUUUGACAAGAUAAAUGACGAUUAUUGCGAUUGCCCUGAUGGGUCUGACGAACCUGGAACUAGUGCAUGUGCUGCGGUUGCUCCUCCUGGUGGGGGGUUUUUCUGUGAAAACCCGGGUCAUUUCCCUGGUGUGCUACCCUACAACAGGGUGGAUGAUGGUGCGUGUGAUUAUGAUAUUUGCUGUGAUGGCUCGGAUGAGAAAGAGGGCGUUUGCAUAAAUAAAUGUCAAGAAAUUCAUGAUGAAUAUAUCAAGGUACUUAAAUCUCAGCAGGAUGCACUGGAAAGAGGAUUACAGGCAAGACAGAAAUUGGUAGCCCAGGCGGCUACCGCCAGAGAUGAGCAGCAAAAAGAAAUCGUGAAAAAGGAGAAGGAAUUAAAAGAAAAGCAGACAUUUCUAGAAUCUCGCCAAGAGAUAUUAGAUCGCCUUGUCGAGACACAGGAACAGGAUGUUUCGUCUGGUAAAGUAUCAAAAAGCAAAUCACCAGAAGCAAUUGAAAAAGUGGCAAUUAAGCUAGAAGACUUGAAAAGAAGCUACGGCGAAUUUGCGUCUAGAUUACAAGCAGCGGAAUCAGAUAGAUCGCAGCUUGAUCGGAUUUUCGAACAAUUGAAAGAUACAUAUAACCCCAAUUUCAACGAUCCGGCCGUCAAAGAUAGCAUUCGCUCUUGGGAGGAAGUUAAAAGUAAUUCACAACUAUCCUCAGAUGCUAGCUCUGUGAACUUGGAUACCGAAUCUUUAGCGGCCUUGAUUCAGGAACUUCAUGAAUAUAGAGACGAGUCAUCAGCGGUAUUGGAACGGCAACAGUCUAUUGCUAAAGGAGGGACUUUUUUUAAGAUUUUGUCACUGUUCGUUCCGUCAUCCAGUCAACAACUGUUGGCUAGCUAUCUUUAUGAGCUCAAGGUAUGGCUCGCUAGACAAGGUCUCGCUGCUUACCCUCCAAUGGAUCACCCAGGUAGUGGCCAUCAAGCAGGAGAAUAUUCGGAAUCCAUUGAAAUUCGAGACGCUCGUAAAGUAGUUGAAAAUAUUCAAAACGAGAUUAACGAUAUUCAAUCUGCCAUAGAAACCUCACUUAGCGACUUAUCUGCAGAUUAUGGUCAGAACGAUGUCCUUCGUGCUUUACGCAAUGUUUGUGUUGAAAACCCAGUGGGUGAGUACGAUUAUGAGGUUUGUUUCUUUGGUCAAGCAAGCCAAAAGGGUAAAGGCUCGAACACUAAUCUCGGUACAUACUCGAGCCUAAAACGCGAAUCCGACCAUUUCGUUAUGACGUUUGAGAACGGCGCAAGAUGUUGGAAUGGUCCGAUACGCCGUGCUCAAGUUAAUGUAUAUUGCGGAAGUGUCUCCGAGAUAUCCACUGUUAGCGAGCCGGAAAAGUGCGAAUAUUUCUUCAAGAUGACAAGCCCUGCUGCAUGCGACCCCAAUCUGAAGGUUGACGUUGAAAUUACCCAUUCAGAUUUAUAA